AUGAACCUACUAGAUCUCCCACGCGAGAUCCGCGACGACAUAUACACCUACCUCUCCGCACCAUCAGCCAACAAACACACCACCAAUGACGGCACCACCACAACCUACAACUAUACCCACUUCAACCUUUUCCUCACAAACCGCCAACUCUACCACGAAGCCCGCCGCAUCUUCCUCGAACAAAACACAUUUGUAAAAAUCACCACGCCUUUUCCGCAGUCAAGGGUACAGGUUGCUUCAGAUGGCGUGCCUAUUGUUGCCGAGGCUGCAGAGGGGUUUAGUCUGCAUAGAUUGGGUGUGGUGAUUACAUUGCCCUCGGCAGAGGUGGAGACGGUGGAAGAUACGUUUGUUAUACAUAUCGAUGACUUGGGCACGUUUUGCGAUAGUUGGAUGUACUCUGCGGUGGAAGUGAAAGAGUUGAAUCCACAUUUGGCGCUGCAACUUAUAUUGGAGGAACCUUUGGCUGCAACAGCUUUGGAUGAGAGUACAGCUGUAGAGAAAAAGGUGUUGAGGACAUUGCAGGAAAGGUUACUUCAUCCUUUUGGACGCAUCAAGAAUCUACUGAGGGUGGAGGUUACUGGUGUUCCUCUGCCUGACGAUACAGUCAUUGCCGAGAUGGAGAGAUUGAUGGCCAUACCACUAGAAUCACCUGCCCAACGCCUCAUCCUCGCCACCUCACACAAAGACGCAGGGAACGUGGCCUUGAAAGCAGGUCAAACACUCUCAGCACUAGAACACUACCGCAAAGCCUGGAAAGCCCUUUUCAUUGUCGUCAAAGGCCGCCACCGCAAAACCCACGGCGAAGGCUACUUUGAAGAGAUCCUCACGGAGCCGCCAUUCGAGGGCCAACAUGGCAGUAUGGUGGCUAUUGUGUUGCGGGUGCGGCUUGUGGCAAACACAUUACUUGCAUAUCUAAAUCUCCACGAGUGGGAUACAGCAGUGCAUAUCGGGAUGAGGACGAUUAAUAUGAUGAGAGGAGGAAGGGAUAAUCUAGAGCCUGAUGAGGAGGCUUCUAAUGGGUGGAUUGCUGGGCCUGAGAUGGGAAAGAUUUACUAUCGCACUGCGUUGGCGUACAAGGAGAUGGAUGACAAGUAUGAGGCGAGGAGGCUGUUGAAGGUUGCGGUCUUGUAUUUGCCGAGAGAUACCAAGGUUCGCGAGUUGAUAGCAGAGUGUGCACUGAGGCUGGGAUAG